GGGGGGGGAUCACGUCUGUUUAGCUGUAAUUUGAACCUACAACGAGGCUCAACAUUGUUUUAUUAUGCAAACUAUUUAUGACAAUGCUCAAUAACAACUACUGCCCUAGACGAUCUGCACUUUCAAAAGUUACCUUUCCACCCAGACAGGUGAUGCAGAAAAAUGUAAGCUUCAACUGCUGGCUACCCUUCCGUUGUAUAACCCAACAAUAUAAGUGCUUCCCUUAAAGCUCCCUGGGUUUAAACAAACACCUUCUCUUUUCAGAAAGAGAAAAGCUCAAUUAAUAGGGACAGAAUAGUAAAGUUCUUUUUUUAUCUCCUCGAAUAUUAUAGGCUGCAGCUCAGCGUCAGAAUGUCAUAGAGAGGAAUCAAUAUAUCCCCAUAUGCGUAGUGGGCAUUUUAGAGCUUGUUUCUACCAUAAGGCAUCACCGAGUUAAGCAUUGAUAAAAAUGCUUGAUAUCAUUUGGAUACGUUUUCAUGUAUUUAUUUCAAAAUAUAAUGCAAACAAUAGAUAUUAUUUUUGCCCUUUUCUUUAACAAAGGGUAUGUGGAACCCCCACUCAAUUCAAGCCCUGGGUUUAACCAAACACCAAGCCCUUCCCAGACACGGAUACAUUUAAUCAGUGCAUGAGAUAGUGUUGGAGUAUUUGGCUAUACUGACAUCUAUGGAUGGCAUAACUGUGUCUAUCAAGCAGGUAUGAUUACCACUUAUUUUUUGAAAUAGGAAUGAUUAUGCCCAUAGAAAAUGUUGGUGCACAUAUAGGAGGUCCCUUACCAGGCAGAAGUGAAUUUUACUUUAACCCCUGCAUAGGAGAGUUACAAUGUUGCUAUCACUAUGCAGCCAACUGCCUACACUAUAGUAUGAAACCACGUUUCUUAUUAAUAAUAUACCAGCUGUUGUCACACAUGGCAAGAUCCCAUAAUUGUUAUAAUUACAAUAUAAAUAACACUUUUAUAUAACAUAUUUAACAUAUAUUUUAAUAUUCCUGUAGAACUGUAAAAAAAAUAGUAAGAUCAUUUGAGCUUUAGAAACAAGUGCUUUCAUAAGUGCAUGGCGGGCCUCGUUUCGCUGGAGCAGUGUAAAAUAAGCUUUAUGUCAAUGACCCAGCCUCAACGAAUUUAGUUUGUUUACAUAUCGAGUUUGAUUGUCCAACAUCAGUUUCAGCAUUUAUUUAUUUAGUCUCCGCCUAGAGUGGCCUCUUUCCUCUGCUGUGGUGCUGCAUACAGUCAGAGAUGUUUUCUCUCGGUAGCUGUCCAUGGUCCUGAAAUCAAAUUAUCUGAGAGAGACCGACAGGGAGAGAGAAAGAUUAGAAUGUUGUCUAUUUAAAUAAAUAAAAAUACAAAGUGAACAGGUGAUAGAUAAUUGAGUAAUCUUACAAAUUUAAUGCGAGUGGAUGAUUAACGCUUACCUUUUAUUCAAAGACAGGUUGACUAGCCUGGCCUUCCUGGCAGCAAAAGCAUGCACUGCUUGUUGGAGAUUAAAAGUAAGCUAAAGAGAUGUUGUAAGACAACUCAUGUUCAAUUGAUAUGGUGGCGAGUCCAUUGAGUCUCUUGAUUUAUAGCAGAGCGCAGGCGUUUCGGAUGAGUUUGAGACAUAGUCUCCGCUCUCUCCCCGUUCGCCAUCCUCCUAUUGUAGUGGGACACUGAACUUUCAUUGACCCUCAUCUCUUAGGAAAUUCCCCUCCUUAUCCUGAUGUGGCCCAGCCUGCACUAAUAAAUCCCGUAAAGAACUAUUCACCGGGAUCUUUUAUGUUUUUUGUCUGGGAGCCACUGUCAUCUGGGAUGGGGAGCGGUGAAUCUAAGUCUGGGUCCAAGAUAGUAGGGUCUUCACUGGCAUUGUUUGGAGGUGUGGCAAGGACUGGUGCGACCACCUGUUCUUGUUUGAGUUUAUUUGUAUUUUUACAGGGACAGUGCACAUUAAUCAACGUUUCAGUAAAAGUUUUAGCCAGCCGGCUAAUUUUCAACCGCAGUCCCUGGGCAGGUUAUUAAAAACAAUUACAAUAUAGACAAUAGCAACAUAGAACAAGCAAGACAUAGCAACAUAGGACAAGCAAGAUGUAGCAUACAGACAGAGCAACAUAAAACAAAAAGCAGCAAGACAAGAUUCAUAAAAGCAACAAAGUAUUUCCACACCUCACAAGCUACAGACAACAGACAACAUGGAGAGCGGCAACACACAGCUAGGGACCAUGUUCACAAAUCUGAUUGACCUUUAGCCAUGUCUUCAAGCAUUUUGUGAAAGUGUGAUAUGUGGUGCAGUUAUGUGUGUCUGAUGGCAGUGUAUUCCAGACAUGGGAAGCUCUCACAGAGAAUGCAGAUUUACUAAAGGUGCUUUUCCUUAGAGGAACUAUACAGUCACCUCUCAUGGCAGACCUUGUGGAUCUGCUGCCAUAUGUCUGGGUUUUCUGUUUAACAAAAAUAUUGAGUGGAGGGGGAGCCAGGCCAUUGAGGAUCUUGAAUACAAGACAUGAAUACGGUGUAUUGAAUACGGUGUAUUGCACAAGAUUUUCCCAACUCAAGAGCUCAUGCUUUCUAAGGAUGUGACAAUGAUGAUGGCUAUUGGGCUUCCUAUCAAGCACUUUGAGAGCCUGUUUGUAGACAGACUGAAUAGGUUUUAAUGUUGUACAGCAAGCUUGGGCCCAACUAGUCAAGCAGUAUGUUAAGUGGGGGAGUAUCAUAGAUUUGAAGUACAGUUUUGCUACCUCUGUAGUCAAACAAUUUCGUAUAAAUCGGAAAUUAGCUAGGUUGAAUUUGGUUAUUUGAAUGACCUUUUUCACAUGCUUUUUAAAAGAGAGGUUGGAAUCAAGUAUGAUGCCAAGGUACUUAAAAUCGGAUACCACCUGGAGCUUCUCCCCUGUCCAGCCAGACGGCUGUCAUCAUCGGUGGAAGUGCGUUGAUCGGACACCGGCUGAUGGAAAUUGCUGCACGCUGAUAUAUUUCAGCAGUGAAUUUCUUUGUUUUCGAGAGCGCUUCUUUUCUCUCUUUUUUAUUUUUUUAUUUUUUUAUAUUCGCUUCCUGAUAGUGUUCGUCUGAGACAUGGUAGCAAAUUGUUUCCAAUCUCUAUAGCUUACUUUUAUCUAGAAUUAUAUCGUUAACAGGCUAGGUUAGGCUACUGCCUUAAUCACUAAUUGUCUUCGUCACACACAAUAUAAAACAAUACCAUCAUUUAAUUUCAUUGGAAGAUACAUUUUUAUGUAUGUUUCACAAUUGGAUAAUCCCAUAUAAACACACACAUCACCAUAGCUACCAAGGAUAAUGGGAAUUAACUUUGGGAGAAGUGGGAAUGGGAUGGGGAUGGGAACUGCAGCAACGCUAUGAACUGGAGCAACGCUAGGACUGGGACUGGGGCACCGCCGGCGGUGUAGUAGCCGAUCAGGGGCACCGGAGGGCAGCAGCCAAUUGUCAAAAUUCCGCCCCAAGUUCACCGCGGCUGCCUAAUCUUGCCUAAUGGGAGGGCUGCACCUGGUUAGCCUAAUUUCAGCGGUGAAUGGUAAUUUAAUGGCUACCCGGACUAUUUGCAUUGUGUGCCCCUUCCCCUCAACCCCUCUUUAUGCUACUGCUACUCUCUGUUUAUCAUGUAUGCAUAGUCACUUUAACCAUACCUACAUGUACAUACUACCUCAAUCAGCCCGACUAACCGGUGCCUGUAUAUAGCCUUGCUACUGUUAUAGCCUUGCUAAUAUAUAUAGCCUCGCUACUGUUAUUUUUCACUAUUUUUUUACUGUUGUUUUUAUUUCUUUACUUAGCUAUUGUUUUGUAUUUUUUAACUUAAAAAUUGCACUGUUGGUUAGAGCCUGUAAGUAAGCAUUUCACUGUUGUAUUUGGCGCACGUGACAAAUAAACUUUGAUUUGAAUGGAUGCAAUAAUGAAAGCAAGUGUGCUGCUGUUUUACAAAUGUAUCAGUGUAGAUCAAAUCAAGAGGCUGAUCCUUUAUCUAUUUAUCUGACCCAUCAUUGUCCAGUCCUAGAUACAUUGAUCAAUAUAAUUAAGAAUGGAUUUAGUCUUAAAUCAUUCAUAGGGCUGCACUGCCUGCAAACUGUAUGCUCGAGGGCAUAUGGCGUGAUAGACAUCUUUUUCUGUUUGGGAGGUUUUAUAACCAUAUAGCAACCAGAUUAAGAUGUAUUUUUCAUAACAUCAUGAAAAAUACGUAUUAUUUUGGUUGAAAUCUGAUUGAACUACUGACCAGUUAUCCAAAUGCUAUUCAAUUAACACCAAUCUAUAUAAACAUGUACAUAGUGUUAUAAAAGUACUUAGUAAAAAUACUUUAAAGUACUAAGUCGUUUUUUGCGGUAUCUUGACUUUACUACAUUCCUAAAAGAAAAUAAUGUACUUUUUACUCCAUACAUUUUCCAUGACACCCACAAGUACUCUUUACAUGUUGAAUGCUUAGCAGCACAGGAAAAUGGUCAAAUUCACACACUUAUCAAGAGAACACGUGGUCAUCUCUACUGCCUCUUAUCUGGCAGACUCACUAAACACAUACAUCGUUUGUAAAUGAUGUCUUAGUGUUGGAGUGUACCCCUGGAAAACUGUACAUUUUAAAAACAAGAAAAUGGUGCCAUCUGAUUUGCUUAAUAUAAGAAAUUUAAAAUGAUUUAUAUUUUUACAUUUGAUUCUUAAUAAAUAUAUUUAGCACAAAAUACUUUUAGACUUUUACUCAAGUAGUAUUUUACUGGGUGACUAACUUUUUCUUGAGUCACUUUAUAAUAAGGUAUCUAUACUUUUACUCAAGUAUGACAGUUGGGUUUGUGGGCCACGCACCCAUUGGAUAUAAGACACUAGAACCAUUACAAUUCUACAAAUGGUGGUAAUGUUAUUUUUCCAGCAGGGUUUCCAUGAUUCAGUUUAGCACAGUUGGCAAACAACAGCUGGGAGAGAGCACCAAAGCAGGUUAGGGUCUCAUGUACUCCGUCAACACACUGGGACUAUUCCGUUAACACGCUGGGACUAUUCCGUUUGAGACUCAGGACUCAGACUCGGGGCUUCAUGCGGGCCGAGCUCUUCCGAGUCCAGCAUAAUCAUAUUACUCUAGGCUGAGGCUAAUGGUACUCGGGUCGAGUCCACUUCAGCUUAUCUGGCACGAUUAAUGUAUUCAGGAGUUGGGUCAUUUUAGAUUUUUAUCCUGCAGGUGAUGGAACACCAAUAAAUAAAUACAAAUAUAUUUUUUAUUUCACCUCCAUCGAAUUGGCUAGGUCAUUAGCAAGCAAUAUUUUGUGACAGUCUCUGUGGCCCAAUCAGAGAUGGUCCCUAAUUUAUAGGAUCUCUGAUGCUUUAAAUGCUUUUGAUUUUACUACAGGCUAUGGCAAUGCUUUUUGUAGUUGCAGUCCACCGAAUUGAAAAGUGCACAUUCACUUCCAAAGCAUUUGUUCUAGGCUACCAGCAUGUAAGAUAAACAUGCACAAUAAUACAGGAUAUCCUUACAAAAAUGCACUGUUGUUAAAAUGCAGUUCAAUUACAUGAUGUUUUUUAAAUGAAGAAUAUCUGGUGGCUUGCUGUGUGGCUUCUAAUGGUAAUCAUUUGUUUAUUUUGCUGUGCAUUUUCUUCUGUUCCACUGAAUGCAAUUUCGAUUUUUUGAAACUAAAUUUGUUUUCAGAAUUCAACAAAAUACACGUAGGCCUAUAUAUUUGUAUUUCAAUAUCCUAAUACAAUCCACCAAUAUUUAUAAACCCCUAUUUGUAAUCUAUUUAUUUCCAUCAAUAACUAGUAAAAAAAAAAAAAAAAUGUUAUUUUCAGGGUCAAAUUCAGGUGCAAUCUAUGUUUUCCUUUAAAGCUUUUGAGCAAUUCAAAUUACUGCACACAUUGUUAUUUUAAUUUCAGUAGCUAAAUGAAGAGGUAGGCAUAUCUGGUCCAACUCAAAUUUGGAUUGGAAUCUGUGCCUUCCUCGCAGCAAUGCAUGUCUGUGCGCCUCGCAGCCUGCUUGCUCAAGUGUCAACACAGCUGGAAGACAAUGACUGUUUCUCGAAAUGUACACAAAAAAACGUUUUACUUUUGUAAGUAGAGCGGCGGUUUGUUGGGGAGAAUAAUGUCAAGGAAAGUGUUUCUAGCAAGCUAGCGUUAGCUGGAUAUUUUUUAGCUAGCUCUCUAGCUAAUCCUCCAUGGACGUGGUAAGUUUGACUUUGUUUUAACCUGUUGUAGCUAGCUAACUAACGUCUUGACAUUUUGAUAUCUGUUUAAUGACAGUAAAUGUGUGUGUGUUCUGUCUGUGUGAGAGAUGGACAGAGAGCGAUGAUGAUCACAAUAACUUUAGAACACAUUGUCAACGUCGUCAUGCUUCCUUGGUGUGUGAGAGAUGGUUGAAUACAAAUAUAGCAAACAUUGAUUGUGUGUGAGAACUUUUUAGCUAACCUAAUACUUGAAAUAUGGAUGUGAAGUUUUUGUUGAUUCAUCAGGGAUCCUUGUAUUUGACAAUAUGAUGCAUUUUGCCUAUCCUGACCCCCCCCCCCCCCCUCUAGAUUUAAAAAAAAAAUGUUCAGUAAUCUUCAAGUUUGGAUGGAGGAGGGGAACAAAGGGAAGGAGUACAGCAGUUAUCCAGCUUGCUGACUAAGAAAUGUAAAUAGACAGCAAAACAGGCUCUCUCUCUCCCGUCUGUCUGCCUGACUACCAGAUUGCUGAGGGGAAACAUGGUCAAUGUACUUGCUAGGCUAAGUCUAACUUAGUGAAGACCUUAGGUCUUCUGUAGUAGCUAGGUUAAUGAACUUAAUGGUUACUCAUGAUUUGUCGCAAUCUUUAUGGUUCCUGAAACAUGUCAAUAACCUAAUGCAUGACCUCUACAGCAGUCCUUGGCCACCCACUUAGUUACCAAUGACCUAUUCUGCCACGUCCCAGGAAAAGAAGAGAUCAGAACCACCCCUUAAGUCCAUAGUCAUUGACAGUCUCGGCUGAUCUUAGUUGGCGAAACCCUUGUGUCCUGAUUCCACACAGACCUCCCUUGUGUUUCGGAUUGAUGAACAAUGAAUUAAUGUCCCACUUCAAUAUGAAGGGACAGAGAAGCAAACAUGCCUUUGCUUUCACUUGUUUGUGCUCCAUUGUACUUGCAAGUGUCAUGAAAAGCCUGAAAACUCAGGAAGUUGAUGUGUUACGGGCCAUCGGGCCAGUCCUAAAAUGUGUCCUGGACUGCCAUGGUGGAGAACGGCGCAAAGUAUGGUGCAGAAACUGGACCAGAAGCUCCCUGUGGCCAACGAGUACCUACUGCUGUCAGGUGGCGUGCGAGAGGGUGUGGUCGACAUGGACCUAGACGAGCUGAGCGUCUACGCCCGCGGCACCGACUAUGACAUGGACUUUACCCUCCUCGUGCCGGCGCUCAAGUUGCACGACCGCAACCAGCCGGUGACUUUGGACAUGCGCCACUCAGCCCUGUGCCACUCGUGGCUGAGCCUGCGCCUCUUCGACGAGGGCACCAUCAACAAGUGGAAGGACUGCUGCACCAUGGUAGACCACAUCAACGGCGCCACCAACUACUUUUUCUCACCCACGCUGGUGGCUGACUGGUUCUACGAGUCCAUCAGUGUGGUCCUGGUGGAGAUCCAGAAGAAGCCCCAGCGCGGCAUGCCCCGCGUGGAGAAGGUGGAGCGGAACGGCACCAUCAUCUCCGUCAUCCUGGGCGUGGGCAGCAGCCGCUUGCUCUAUGACAUCUUGCCUGUGGUCUCCUUCAAGGGAUGGCCGGCGGUGGCCCAGAGCUGGCUGAUGGAGAACCACUUCUGGGACGGCAAGAUCACAGAGGAGGAGGUGAUCAGCGGCUUCUACCUGGUGCCUACCUGCUCCCACAAGGGCCGUAAGGAGAAUGAGUGGCGCCUGUCGUUCGCCCGCAGCGAAGUGCAGCUCAAGAAGUGCAUCUCGGCCAGCCUGAUGCAGGCCUACCAGGCGUGCAAGGCCAUCAUUAUCAAGCUGCUGUCAAGGCCCAAGGCCAUCAGCCCCUACCACCUGCGCAGCAUGAUGCUGUGGGCCUGCGAUCGGCUCCCCGCCACCUACCUGUCCCAGGAAGACUUCUCAGCCCACUUCCUGCUAGGCCUCAUCGACGACCUGCAGAACUGCCUGGUCAACAAGAUGUGCCCCAACUACUUCAUCCCGCAGUGCAACAUGCUGGAACACCUUUCGGAUGAGACGGCCAUGCUCCACGCCCGCAAGCUCAGCUCGGUGCGCUCCGACCCGGCCGAGCACCUGCGCACCACUAUCGAGCAUGCCAAGGCGGCCAACCGGCUGACCCUGGAUCUGCAUUGGCGCGGCAGCGCCUUAAACCUGCCGUCGCCACAGUCGGACGCGGGCGGCGAGCACCAGCCAGAUGACCGAUUGGCUAAGAAGCUGCAGCAGUUGGUGAUGGAGAACCCCGGCAAGUCCAUCUCGGUGUUCAUCAACCCCGACGAUGUGACGCGGCCGCACUUCCGCAUCGACGACAAGUUCUUCUGAGACUUCAAAAUAGAAAAAUACUACUUUCCCCCUCCCACGGCACCAAUUCUUCUCCCCUUUUGACUAGAUUGGUCGAGUCAUCAAAUUAGUCGGUUUCCCAAGUAACGGUCGCCACAGAGCGUUGUGAGGUGCUUUUGUCCAAUAGUGUCUUCCCAUUUUGUUUCUCUGUCCCUGACACCUGUCCCCACACCCCACCAACCCUAACCCUGUCACCUUUAGAAGGCCUUUACAGGACUACAUGAAACAGGUGGAAGAAGAGGUACUGCGUCUUGCCUCGGAUGGUUAAGGAAUGUCUUAGUCCCUGUAGGGGAACUGAUGGUACUAACGCCAUAACUGUACAUAGAGUUAAGUGGAUAUGUGUGUGUGGACUUUGAUCUUAUUUUGCACAGAAUGUAGAGGCACACAGUUAUCAUGUUGGAAGUGCUAUUAAGUGAAGUCUGAAAUGUUGCUUAUCUUUUAGGAAGGCAAUUUCAAUGGUCUUUUUUUUCUCCACUGGGCUAAAUGCUCUGAAUUUAUACCUACUGGUUUAGAGUAUGUUUAGAGCUGUUAUUCCCAUAAGCUGUACACAAUGACAAGUUAUUUCUAACUUAACGUUCUCUGUAGUCAUGUCCAUGCCCUAUGUGUAUAGUGAACAGUUCCAGACGUAUCCCGAAUAUGCCAAAAAACUGCAGAUAUCUGACCGGCCAUGUGAUACACAUCUUCAUCCUCAAGUGCAAUUAGUAAACAAACACACACCACACCAUACAUAAAUGUGCUAACACUCAUCAUACACACUCCUGAUCAGUGAAAUUGUGUAUUUAAUACAUAUUUGUGAUAUUCUAGAACUCUGGGACAUUGUCAUUUUGUUUGUCUUUGUUAUAUGGAACUCAAACAUUUUACUGCAAGUCUUAUUUUCCAUAUUUGCUGCUGACCUUAUGAAGAUGUUUUAUGAUUAACUGGUUAAAACAAAUUAAGUUAAAACACAAUUAUGAAUUUUAAUUGUACAUGUGCGUAGCUACGUUCUACACACGAAUCCUGUUGAGUCAAACCUGUCAUGGACCAAUCAGAAUGGACCAACCGUGCAACCUCACCAUUGGCAGGGAUCUAACACACUGCUUUAUCAUUAAUUCAGACCAAUCACUGCAGUGGCCUGAAGAAUGUGUUCUGUGCCUCUACUUUUCCAAAGGCAUAAUGGCCGCGUUUCCCGGGCUGACUACAUUACAGAUGCCUGCCAAAUCUCACAAUGCCUGAAGAGCUGUCAUAUCACAUGUCAUAUCACAUCAUAUGAUAUGCAAUCUGAUGCCUGACUGUACAAAUCGAUCGACCACGGGUUGAUGCAAUGUAGUUGGCCUGAAACGUGACCAUACUGUAUGAGAGGGAGAGCGAGUCCCGCAUUCGGCCUACAAUGACCACAUCAAAUCAAAUUGUGUGAAUAAUCAGAGCUGUGUAAAUGGUAACACUAUAAACAAGCUAAAAUGUAAUAAAACAUUUAACAACC